ACGCCGACAUAUCUGCAGUUUAACGGUUUUCCUGUCAAAUUUCAGUUAACACACUCACACGUAUAUGCACACGAAUGUUCUCGCAGAACUUUUUCUCUCACUACGCCAGCCACACACACUGUACGAUAAAUAAUUAUAUACUAUCAUGGUAGGCUACUGUCCAAUCUGUGGGAAGCCCGUCUACUUUGGUGAGAAGAAGAGGUCCUUAGGAAGGGACUACCACCCUCUGUGUCUGAAGUGUCAAAAGUGCAACAGACAGCUCACACCUGGACAACAUGCUGAGUACGACGAGAAACCAUACUGUUCACAUUGCUACCUGAAGAUGUUUGGUCCGAGAGGUAACAGGUGACUGGUGUUGCCAUGGCACAGCGCAGAAACCAAACUGAACCCAAAUGGACAAUCGCUGACGUAAAAAAGACACACAGGCCUGCUGAAUAGGCCAAAAAUUAUAUAAAAUAAAAUAGAUUAAUGAGUAAAUAAGAAUAAUGGACACCACAACAUAGAGUACAUUCACUUAAGUUGAUUAUCAUUUACAGCUACAAUGUAUUUAUAAAUUGAAUAUUUAUGAAUGUGAUGAUGCCAUGUGUAUGUGAUGAUUCACUUUUAUAUUGUAAAUGUGUUUUGCAUGUGUAGCAAAUUGUCAGUCAGUAUUAAUAAAUGCAGC